UCUCAACACGGGUUUUUACUCUGCACGAACAGAAUCAGCUUGAACUCGAAAUUUUGUAAACCCUAGAUCCCCAUAUUACUUCGCCGGCGUGAGGAAGAAGACGAGAACUGACUCUGCGUUGCGGCUCGUCGGGCUCACUGACUCGAAGACGGAGUCACAUACGCAGAUUUUCUGAUCCAGAACAGGAUAUUGAAGAUUCAAUAUGGGGUUGAAAUCGGAUAAUAAUCCGACAGAACAGAUCUUGCCUCCAGUAGAGCAGGAAAUCAACGAUGAGUUGGAGACUAAAGCUCAGAAGUACCUUAGAGGAGAAGGUGCUAAUCUUGAGGUGUUGCAAGAUAAGAAACUAAAAACUAAACUUGCUCUGCGGGAAGACUUGUAUAAAAAAACUGCGAGUGCUGCUGCAAAAGCCGAGAAGUGGCUCUUGCCAGCUGAGGCAGGUUACUUGGAAACUGAAGGGCUAGAAAAAACAUGGCGGAUCCAGCAGACAGAAAUUGCCAAAGAAGUAGAUAUAUCAAGCUCAAGAAACCAAUAUGAUAUAGUUCUUCCGGAUCUUGGACCUUACACUCUUGACUUCUCUGGAAGCGGUCGGUAUAUGCUAGCUGCUGGGCGCAAGGGCCAUCUCGCUCUAUUAGACACGAUGAACCUUAACUUGGUUAAAGAGAUUCAGGUUAGAGAAACAGUACGUGAUGUUGCUUUCCUGCACAACGAGCAAUUCUUUGCAGCUGCCCAGAAAAAGUAUCCUUAUAUUUACGGAAGAGAUGGUAUUGAGCUGCAUUGUCUAAAGGAACACGGCGCUGUGAUGAGGCUUCGGUUUCUAAAGAACCAUUUCUUGCUUACAUCAAUAAACAAAUUCGGGCAGCUACAUUAUCAGGAUAUAACCCAUGGUGAGAUGGUGGCUAAUUUCCGGACCAGUAUGGGUCGUACCGAUGUGAUGGAAGUAAAUCCGUACAACGGAGUCGUGGCUUUGGGUCAUUCUGGUGGAACCGUCACAAUGUGGAAGCCGACAAGCCAAGUACCGCUCGUCAAGAUGCUCUGUCACCGUGGGCCUGUCUCCGCUCUGGCGUUCCAUCCUAACGGACAUCUCAUGGCCACGUCAGGUAAAGAACGGAAAAUCAAAAUCUGGGACCUGCGGAAAUUUGAGGUUGUCCAAACUAUUAGUGGAUUCCAUGCCAAGACACUGAACUUCAGCCAGAAGGGUCUGCUCGCUGCCGGGACAGGAUCGUUCCUACAAGUCCUGAAAGACUCGGACGGGUCGCAGAAUUACAGCAGGUACAUGAACCAUUCAAUGGCGAAAGGAUAUCAGAUCGGGAAACUCAUGUUCCGACCGUACGAGGAUGUUCUCGGGAUAGGACACUCGAUGGGUUGGUCGAGCAUUCUAAUCCCGGGUUCGGGUGAACCGAACUUUGACUCGUGGGUAGCCAACCCGUUCGAAACGACGAAACAGAGACGGGAGAAGGAAGUGCAUUCUCUUCUUGAUAAACUUCCACCCGAGACCAUAAUGCUCGAUCCUUCAAAGAUCGGUACGGUAAGACCCGCGAGGAGAAAGGAGAAGAUUCGUAACCUUUCCUGA